AACUCACUUCGGAGUUUCCCAAGCGGAGUUUUCUAUCAUAUCAAGACAAAAUGGGCAAUAGUAUAUUUGGAACUGGAAGAUAUGGCGAAGAACAAGACACAGAUGCAUUUAGAAUGGGACCUACGGGAGCCUAUAGCGAAUCUUUCGCUACUGUCAGCGGCCAUGAAUCAACCGAAAAGUUUAAAAAGUUUGUUGUAAACGAAUUCGUAAAAUCUAGCAAUAAAGUUGGAGAUAAGUUCAGUGAAUUUAUGAAAUUGAGGGACUCCGAAUUAGCUAAACUAGAAGAGGAGAUAGGAAAGUUAAAGCACUUUGAAAGAGAUAAUGAGCAAUUGGAAAAGGCUUUGAAAAAUAGCCAGGAUGCAAUGUUUGCUUUAAGCAAUGAACUUAAAUUAAGAGUGCAAGCUAUUGACAAUCAAACACAAGAGUUAGAAUAUUAUAAACAAAGUUUUGUUGCAUUAAAAAGAGAAUUAGAAUCUAAAAAUGAAGAAAUUGCAAAGCUAAACAAGUUGAUAGAUCCGAUGAGACAAUUAAAGAGGAAAGGUCACUGUAUUCAGCCUGGGGACAUUGUGCAUGAUGAUGUUGCAAGAGAUUUUAAGCAGCUUUUUGAUAAAAAAAACUUGUUAGAACCAAUAGGAAUAAAAAAAGUUGGAGAAAGAGCCCCUGAGUUGACAAAGUUAUUUGAGAUUGCAUAUGAUGUUUGUAAAGACCAUUUGAUAGAAAUAGCUAAAAAGGAGCUUGAAAAGCUAUUUGAGCCUCCUGCUCAUGUAUUCACUGAACAGGAAAGAAAAAAUGAAGAAAUUUACCUUCCAUGGCAGUCUCGCCAAGAGGCUUUGUCUCUUCUUCUGUCAAAUUUAAAAAUUCAGUUUAUGCCUGAUGACCUGACUGUUGAGGUCACAAAGAAAGAUAAAAUGUAUGAAAGUGCUGACAUGCAAACUGUUGUGGAACAGGUGAUUGAACUGACUUGGAGAAUGGUGAACCUUUCUCCUCCAGUUUCUUUUGGCAAAAUGUCUUUUUCUGAAGAUUUAGAUGUUUAUGAUGUGACUGAUAUGGAAAAUUUGUUAGGUGAAGGAAAAAAAUACAUAGUUAAAUAUAGACGGCCAGUAUUAUUUUUUGGUCCGCUUGGCAUUGUUGGAUAUAAAGGAAGCGUUGCAAUUUAUCCACCACAACCAGAGCAUUCUACACUGUUAGAGCAAGGUAUGCUUAUUGAUGAUGCAAGCUUUGAUAAUGAUGCUCCUGGAGUAUCUGACCUCACAAAAGGAGAGGAGUGUAAAAGUGAAGAAGAUGUGAAAAGGACAGAUUUAUGUGCAUCUAGCAAGAUGUCACAAGAAAGUGCUUCAUGCCCAAAUGGAGCAAACCAAAUGAAUACUAGUUUAAGGCAGAAAAAGAAAAAGAAGAAGAAGAAAAAAUCAAAAGAGCAUAAAGAGAUUGAGCAAGAUCUUGAGAAAUCAGACUGUGCGGACAGCAAUAAUAGUGAUGAUAAUGAAUUAGAUAAAGUAGAUUAAACAAUACACUAGCAACACUACUUUAUGACAUUCAAUGUAUUUAUUGUGUAUAAUAAUGCGUAUGAUAUGUCAUUAGACUUGAUGACCUUUGUGUAGUUUUGUGCUA